CCUCCCACCAUCUGCACCCACGCUCUGGGGUCGCAAUCUGGAUAAGUGUGGCGCGAGGCCGGUAUUCUCAUGACAGUUUCAUUCUCGCUUUUUUCAUUUUUCUCAUUUAGUUCAGUUAUGUCUUUUUAGUCCAUUGUUAACGCAUGCUCGAGGACUACUCCUCCGGAGAAGGGUAGUGGCAGAGGAGGGGCUGGGAGCAUGUGUUAACCCGGAAGAAGUGAACCAGGAAGUGAACGUGCUCUCGGGUACUCACAGUUCUUUCCUGAUCUUCCCCGCCGCCUCCCAUAUUGCCUCUUUAUGGAAUCACUCCAUAUACUGAGUUACACAGCAUCGUUUGCCCGUGCUGGUGCCCCGCGGGCUGUCACUUCUGACCUGCCGACGCUCAGAACGUUCCCUAAAGCAUCAGAGUAAUACUGUGAUCGGUAAUGACGAAGCCGUGCUGUUCUCAGAUGCUGAGAUGAAUCGACACCUGUGUGUUUGGCUUUUUAGACGUCCAUCUCUUAAUGGUUACCUCCACUGUCACAUCCAGCUCCAUUCUCAUCAAUUUAGACAGAUACAUUUUGAUACAAGGAUGCAGGUUUCUAGACAAAACGGGAAUUGCAUUCUUCAUCAUCUGCUAAGUAAGAAUUGGUCCAGGAGAUAUUGUCAUCAAGACACCAAGAUGCUCUGGAAGCAUAAAGCACUACAGAAAUAUAUGGAGAACCUGAAUAAGGAGUACCAAACACUUGAGCAAUGUCUGCAGCAUUUCUCCGUGAAUGAAGAGAACCGAAGGUCCUUGAACAGAAGGCGUGCUGAGUUGGCACCUCUUGCAGCCAUUUACCAAGAAAUUCAGGAGGCUAAACAAGCAAUUGAAGAAUUAGAAUCAAUGUGUAAAAGCCUAAGUAAACAAGAUGAAAAGCAGUUACAAGAACUUGCACUGGAAGAAAGGCAAACCAUUGCUCAAAAAAUCAACAUGUUAUACAGUGAGCUUUACCAGAGCCUUGUGCCAAAGGAGAAAUACGACAAAAAUGAUGUUAUUUUAGAGGUGACAUCUGGAAGAACUACUGGAGGUGACAUCUGCCAACAAUUUACCCGAGAAAUAUUUGACAUGUACCAGAAUUAUUCAUGCUAUAAGCACUGGCAAUUUGAACUUCUGAAUUAUACACCAGCAGAUUAUGGUGGACUACAUCAUGCAGCUGCCCGAAUUUCUGGUGACAGUGUCUAUAAGCAUUUGAAGUAUGAGGGUGGGAUUCACCGAGUUCAGCGCAUCCCUGAAGUGGGCCUGUCCUCAAGGAUGCAGCGCAUUCACACAGGAACAAUGUUGGUUAUUAUCCUUCCUCAACCAGAUGAGGUAGAUGUGAAAUUGGACCCCAAGGAUUUGCGAAUAGAUACAUUUCGAGCCAGAGGAGCAGGAGGGCAACAUGUUAAUACAACUGAUAGUGCCGUCAGACUUGUCCAUAUCCCCACAGGACUAGUAGUAGAAUGCCAACAAGAAAGAUCACAGAUAAGAAAUAAAGAAAUAGCUUUGAGUGUGCUGAGAGCUAGACUCUACCAGCAGAUCAUCGAGAAAAACAAGUGUCAACAACACAGCACUAGAAAACUGCAGGUGGGAACAAGAGCCCAGUCAGAGCGAAUUCGGACAUAUAAUUUCACCCAGGAUAGAGUCACUGACCACAGGAUAGCAUAUGAAGUUCGUGAUAUUAAGGAAUUUGUAUGUGGUGGGAAGAGCCUGGAUCAGCUAAUUCAGAGACUGCUUCAAUCAGCAGAUGAAGAAGCCAUUGUUGAACUUUUGGAUGAAAACCUUAAAUCAGCAAAAUAAAUACUGACAUAUUAUUUAUGAUUAUAUAAAUGAAAUAGACCUAUAUCAAGAAACAGACUGAAGCAUAGAAAUCUUUAUGAAUAUUUAUAAAUUACAGGUAUAAGAAUACAUUAUGCAUAAAUAUAUAUUUUUUAAUGAAUCAAAGUCACAUUUCCUGACCUAACGAUUUAUUUUAGGUUUCUUGUAAGGUACAAUCCAACUCAUCAAGUAGAAAACAAGCAUGCAUCAUUGAAAAGAGAUAUAAAGUAUUGAGAAUUGAUUGUGUGAUUUAGGACAGAUCA